AGGGAUGACAAAACGGGUCGAGUUACAUUAUACCUGUUGGUCUUAUCGGGGACCAUCGAUCACCCUUAGGGAUUCGCUACUGUGCUAGUCACGGUAUCGGGUACUGACAGCCCAACCUAACGAGGGGUUCUAGAUUUGGCCCCUAUUCCACGUGUGGGGCGUUUUCAUCCUAGAGCCGAGGAGAUGACAGUGCAUCUGAAAGGAAUUCAUGAGCAGGUGCGGAGCAAGAUUGAGGAGAGCAACAACAGGUACAAGGCCCGGGUGGACAAACAUCGUCGUCAAGUUCUGUUUGAUGUCGGUGAUUUUGUUUGGGUUGUAUUAACUAAAGAUCGCUUCCUUGUUGGUGAGUACGAUAAGCUUAAGGAGCGGAAGAUUAGACCUUGCGAGAUAGUGCAGAAGAUCAAUGAUAAUGCUUAUAAGUUGCGGCUUCCUGGUCAUCUGAGGACUUCUGACGUGUUCAAUGUGAAGAACCUAACUCCUUGUUUUAUGGAUGCUUAGGAGAGUGAUGUGAACUCGAGGACGAGUUCUUUCCAACCCAGGGAGGCUGAUGCAGUAGCAAGUGACUUAGACGAGGCUGAAUUGUCGGAUUCGACUAUCCAAGCGCUUCUCUACCAUGAAAGGCGAGAUAAGCUCAAGGGGAGUAAGAAAGCGAAGCGUUUUGG